AAGGUAGCAGCUAAUCCACAUGUUCACAAUAAUAAACAACAUCCAAAAUUAUGGGAAGAUGGAGAAAAAUGGGAAACCGUACUUUACAAACUGACCGGUUUACGCGAAAGAAAUAAAGCCAUCGCUUACAUCAAGAGUACAGCAAAUCUUAAGAGCGAUGAGGAAGUGUAUAGAUUUGUUAUAUCUCUUCGCGGUUCAAGAUUGGAGCUUCACUUAUGACUUCCUUACAACACUAGAAGGACACACAAAAAUAACAAUAUUCGUGGACUUAUUAUAUCAAUUAACGAAUGAAAAAGAUGUCUUCAAAGCAUUUGCCGUGUUGGAAAGAUUGACAGCACACCAUAACAUAGACGCGAUAUAUGAAAUCCUCCAGAGGCUUUCUGGUGGACGAAAUCUCCAUGAAAUAUGUGAUUUCUUCAAACAUGCUGUGAAUGGGAAACAUUCUACAGGUCUGCAAGGUGUGAUUGCCCAGGUGUUGAAGAUAACUGGAGGCGUUGGUCCUUCGGAGCUUCCGCUUGUAUUUUUGGAAUUGAAAAACGAAAUUGAUAUCAAGGAAAGCUUCAAAUUACUUCUAACAGGAACAAGAUCGCAAGAUCUUGGUGAGGCGAUCCGAAAACUCAAUCGUAUCUGCAAACAGAACUCUUUCUCAGCGAGUAUAAGAAUAUUUAAGAAAAUCACAAAUAAAAAACAAUUGAAAUACGCAUUAAUUGAACUAAUAGAAGAGAGCGGAUCAAGCAAUUUCGAAUUUAUAUUUGAGAAUUUCUACAAGAUAACAGGAUCAAAUGAUCUGGACCAGGUGGCUGUUGUUAUAAAGACACAAUUCGGUUUCGAUGAUCUGUUAACAUUCCUACGUAAGGUCAACGAAGUUGUGAACUCACCAAAGAGAGAUCCGAUCACAUUCCUUUUGGUUCUUAUAGAAUUAACAAAGACAAAGCAUAUUAGUGAAGUUUGUACGAUUAUUAAGAAGUUUACUACCAAGAAGAUGGCUGUAUUGGAUAUUCUGAGAGAUAUCAGAAUUAAGUCGAAAUAUAACGAUAUUCUUGGAUUCUUUAGAAAACUCAUCACGUAUACUGCAACGGAGACGAUCCAAAGUGCAUGGGAGAUGUUGACAUCACUUACAUCAGAAACGGAUAUUUUCAUAAUAUUCGAACAGUUGUCAAUUUAUACUAAAGUUAAUUUUAUAAUAUUUAUCGAGACAAUAAUGAGAUUCACGAACACAACGAACAUCAGAGCGGCGUGUACCAUUCUCUUCAAAACAACAACUAAAACACGUCUUUUUGAAUGCAUUCGCGUUAUCUACGUUAUAGUACAGAUCGAUAUAAUUGAAUUCUUUGAAGUGCUGAUAACAAUAAGCAAACGAUUCCAAUUAGAUGAAGUUAUAUUACAUUUGGAGAAAUUCACAAAAACUGCAGGUUUCUUAGAUUCGCUUAAGAAAUUAAGGAACGUGACGAAAGAGACAGAUAUAUUGAAGGCCAUCGGAUGUUUAGAGAAGCAUGUGUCAAAAGGAACUAAGGGAUCACCAGUCACACCGGGAUCACCAGGAACCAAGGGCACUCCAGGAACACCGGGAACUCCAGGAACACCGGGUUCACCAGCAACACCGGGUUUACCAGCAACACCGGGAACUCCAGCAACACCAGGAACGAAAGGAACUCCAGGAACCAAGGGAACCCCAGGAACUAAAGGAACUCCAGGAACACCGGGUUCACCAGCAACACCGGGAACUCCAGCAACACCAGGAACCAAAGGAACUCCAGGAACCAAGGGAACACCGGGAACAAAGGGAACCCCAGGAACUAAAGGAACACCGGGAACCAAGGGAACUCCAGGAACCAAGGGAACUCCAGGAACCAAGGGAACACCGGGAACCAAGGGUACACCCGGAACCAAGGGAACACCAGCAACACCAGGAACCCCGGGAACUCCAGGAACCAAGGGAACACCGGGAACUAAGGGAACUCCAGCAACACCAGGAACCCCGGGAACUCCAGGAACCAAGGGAACACCGGGAACUAAGGGAACACCAGGAUCUAAAGGAACACCAGGAACCAAGGGUACUCCUGGAACCAAGGGAACACCAGGAACCAAGGGAACUCCAGGAACCAAGGGAUCACCAGCAACACCAGGAACCAAGGGAACACCGGGAACUCCAGCGACACCAGGAACUCCAGCAACACCAGGAACCAAAGGAACUCCAGGAACCAAGGGAACCCCAGGAACUAAAGGAACUCCAGGAACACCGGGAACUCCAGGAACACCGGGUUCACCAGCAACACCGGGAACUCCAGCAACACCAGGAACCAAAGGAACUCCAGGAACCAAGGGAACACCGGGAACCAAGGGAACCCCAGGAACUAAAGGAACACCGGGAACCAAGGGAUCACCAGGAACACCGGGAACCAAGGGAUCACCAGCCACACCUGGAACACCAGCAACACCAGGAACCAAAGGAACUCCAGGAACCAAGGGAACCCCAGGAACUAAAGGAACUCCAGGAACACCGGGUUCACCAGCAACACCGGGAACUCCAGGAACCAAAGGAACUCCAGGAACACCGGGAACUCCAGGUACACCGGGUUCACCAGCAACACCGGGAACUCCAGCAACACCGGGAACCCCAGCAACGCCUGGAACUCCAGCAACACCAGGAACCCCAGCAACACCGGGAACGGAUGGAUCACCAGGUCAAGAUGGCACACCAGGAACCAAUGGAUCACCCGGUCAAGAUGGUACACCGGGAACUAAUGGAUCACCAGGUCAAGGUGGCACUCCAGGAACACCAGCAACGCCGGGAACUCCAGCAACACCGGGAACCCCAGCAACACCAGGAACUCCAGCUACACCGGGAACUCCAGCAACGCCGGGAACUCCAGCAUCACCGGGAUCGGAUGGAUCACCAGGUCAAGAUGGCACACCGGGAACCAAUGGAUCACCAGGUCAAGAUGGUACACCGGGAACUAAUGGAUCACCAGGUCAAGGUAGCACUCCAGGAACACCAGCAACGCCAGGAACUCCAGCUACACCGGGAACUCCAGCAACGCCGGGAACUCCAGCAUCACCGGGAACCCCAGCAACGCCUGGAACCCCAGCAACACCAGGAACCCCAGCAACACCGGGAACCAAUGGAUCACCAGGUCAAGAUGGCACACCGGGAACCAAUGGAUCACCAGGUCAAGAUGGUACACCGGGAACUAAUGGAUCACCAGGUCAAGGUAGCACUCCAGGAACACCAGCAACGCCGGGAACUCCAGCUACACCGGGAACCCCAGCAACGCCGGGAACCCCAGCAACGCCGGGAACCCCAGCAACGCCGGGAACUCCAGCAACACCAGGAACUCCAGCAACACCAGGAACUUUAGCAACACCAGGAACUCCAGCAACACCGGGAACCCCAGCAACGCCGGGAACUCCAGCAACACCAGGAACUCCAGCAACACCAGGAACUCCAGCUACACCGGGAACCCCAGCAACGCCGGGAACCCCAGCAACGCCGGGAACUCCAGCAACACCAGGAACUCCAGCAACACCGGGUACCCCAGCGACACCAGGAACCAAGGGAAACGGAAACCGACCAUGCCAUCCAGGAAAAGGCGGAAAAGUUUCAAAGAAUCAAGGAACUCGAGAUAUCCUGAACGCGCUGAAAGCAGACGUUAAUCUACACUUCCUGAUUCUACCUGACGGACCUGGCAACACUAAAAACUGUUAUUGUACGUGUGAGAGUCCAAACCCGCCCAGAGUGAUAUCUCUUAAACAACUUCCAGCUCAAAUAUCUGCAUAA